AUGGGAGUACGUUACAUUCUUGCUUUGGUUCUAAUGAUUGCUGUAAUGAUCGGAUGGAGCCUAUUUUUCGGCAAACGCUUUGCCCCUCAACCCGAUGAACCCGCAACUACCGGGACACCGGCAGCAUCAAGUCCAAGCGAAACACAAUCGGAUGCCACGACGCACGGAACAUUUGAUGGUGCCGACGCAUCUGUCAACCCUGAUCUCUGGACACCCGUUGGGGAAAGUCCAGGCGAUGGAAAAGUCAGCGUCCGAACCGAUAACUAUACUAUUGUUUUUAACGAAAAACUCGCAAUCGCCAAAAAGUGGCAGUUAAAUCACUUUCCAGACCGGACAGAUGCAGACAAAAACCCCUUGAACCUGAUUCCUGAAAACGCACUCAACUGCCUCGCACUUCGGUUUGGCAAUUCGCAGCUCCAACUCGAUUCACUCCGUGCCAGAUGGAAGGCUGACAAAUCCGAAAUCAACAUCACAAACAGACAAGAAGCUGUCACACUCAUCUUCGGGACAACAAUCGGAGAAAAAUUACGAGUCACAAAGCAGUUCACCUUCAAUCCGGGCAACUACUUCGUUGACAUGACGGUAACUUUCCAAAAUGUCUCUGACGAACCGCUGCUUAUGGGCGGAACCGAACCCGCAAACGGAUACCAACUUCAGUGGGGACGAGGUAUCAAUGCUGAUCUGCUGCCACAUGAAAAGAAGAGCGGCAAACGUGGGCGACGCGGCAGUGAAGGGGCAAAGGCUUAUAUCGGUGAGGGUAAACCGAGGCGUGAACUCAAAUCUGAACACGCUUCAGCCACAGUUCUCUGGGCGGGAUUGGAUAGCCAGUACUUCAGCGCAUUGAUGAUUCCAGACCCUCAACUUGCCGCUACCUAUAAAUUUAUAGAGACGCCACAGGCAAAUGUUACAACCGGUAUCACUGUCACCGCACCAACAGAAACGGCGGCACUCGUCUUACCAAGCUUUUAUCUCACAGCACAGCGGAAGGAGACGCAUGUUUUUCGGCUCUACGUUGGACCGAAGGACGAUACAAUUCUAAAAAGUAUAGAGGCACCGAAUGCACCUGAGAACCCAGUGCGUCUCUCGAAAAUUAUCAACUUCGGAUUCUUCUGGCCCCUCGCAUGGGGGAUGCUCUGGGUAUUCAAAGGCUUCCAUAGUGUCUUUGGAAACUACGGCGUAGCGAUUAUACUCCUGACGGCUUUGGUGAAGAUCGUCUCUUAUCCCUUCACACACAAAGCACAUAAAUCUAUGAAGGAGAUGCAGAGACUUCAGCCGCAAUUAGUG